CCCUCCCCAAGGCUGGCUGCGCCUGGGCUCCUGCUGUGCGCACCCGGGUGGAGCGCGGCGGGCCAGGCGGGUCCCCUCUGUCCGCACGAUCCCCGCGUCCGCGCCAUGGGCGUCCGCCCGUCGUCGUCGCCGCCGCCACAGCCCGCGUUGCUUCUGCUUCUGCUGCUGCUGCAGCCGCAGCCGCUGCCAGUGGCCCGCGCCUCGGAGGCCGAGCACCGCCUAUUCGAACACCUGUUCGAGGACUACAACGAAAUCAUCCGGCCCGUGGCUAACGUGUCCAAACCGGUCAUCGUACAGUUCGAAGUGUCCAUGUCCCAGCUAGUGAAAGUGGACGAAGUGAACCAGAUUAUGGAGACCAACCUGUGGCUCAAGCAGAUCUGGAAUGACUAUAAGCUGAAGUGGAAUCCCUUGGACUAUGGCGGCGUGGAGUUCAUGCGUGUGCCCACAGAGAAGAUCUGGAAGCCCGACAUUGUGCUGUACAACAACGCAGUUGGGGAUUUCCAGGUGGACGACAAGACCAAAGCCCUCCUCAAGUACACAGGGGAGGUGACAUGGAUCCCUCCGGCCAUUUUCAAGAGCUCCUGCAAGAUUGACGUCACUUACUUCCCAUUCGAUUACCAAAACUGCACCAUGAAGUUCGGGUCCUGGUCCUACGACAAGGCUAAAAUCGACCUGGUCCUAAUCGGCUCCUCCAUGAACCUCAAGGACUAUUGGGAGAGCGGUGAGUGGGCCAUCAUCAAGGCCCCGGGCUACAAGCACGACAUCAAGUAUAACUGCUGCGAGGAGAUCUACACGGACAUCACCUACUCCCUCUACAUCCGGCGCCUGCCGCUCUUCUACACCAUCAACCUCAUCAUCCCCUGCCUGCUCAUCUCCUUCCUCACGGUCCUCGUCUUCUACCUGCCGUCGGAUUGUGGCGAGAAAGUGACGCUGUGCAUCUCAGUGCUGCUGUCCCUCACCGUCUUCCUGCUGGUCAUCACCGAGACCAUCCCGUCCACCUCGCUGGUCAUCCCGCUCAUAGGCGAAUACCUGCUGUUCACCAUGAUCUUCGUCACUUUGUCCAUCGUCAUCACAGUCUUCGUGCUCAACGUGCACUACCGGACGCCGACCACGCACACGAUGCCCGCGUGGGUGAAGACCGUCUUCCUGGACCUGCUGCCUCGGGUCAUGUUCAUGACCAGGCCGGCGGGUGGCGAGGGCCCUGCUGUGAACCCCAGGCCCCUCUAUGGUGCUGAGCUCUCGAACUUGAACUGCUUCAGCCACGUGGAGUCCAAAGGUUGCAAGGAAGGCUACCCCUGCCAGGAGGGGACAUGCGGCUACUGCCACCACCGCAGGGUAAAGAUCUCCAACUUCAGUGCCAACCUCACAAGGAGCUCCAGUUCCGAGUCCGUUGAUGCAGUACUGUCCCUCUCGGCUCUAUCACCAGAAAUCAAAGAGGCCAUCCAGAGUGUCAAGUACAUUGCCGAAAACAUGAAAGCACAGAAUGAAGCCAAAGAGAUUCAGGACGACUGGAAGUAUGUCGCCAUGGUGAUUGACCGCAUCUUUCUGUGGGUCUUCAUCCUGGUGUGUAUUCUGGGGACAGCAGGGUUGUUUCUGCAACCGUUGAUGGUCAGGGAUGAUGUGUGAGCCUGGCGUGGGGUUUGUCUGUGGCUGUCCUGUGGGGGGAGGGCGGGUUUCUUAACAGUGACACACUUGAUUACAUGUACCAGCUUUGUUUUGCCAUUUCAAUGCUUAUUUUCCAGUUACCUUACUUUUUGGCAAAAAUAACCAUUCAAGAAAAAUGCUAAGAAUACUUACUAUAAGUAAAUGAACAUUUAACUAGUCUUUGUGGUAAGGGAAGUGUCAAAAUGUAACUGAUUAGUGUGCUAUAAACAUGUCACAUGUUCCUUUUUUAGUGGUUGAAUACUAAUUGGAGAGAAAAUCUUGCCGUUCAGAAAUGUGAAGUUAAGGGUUUCGCGGUGGUUCUUUUUCGGCCCAUAGUCUCCUUGAAGUCUGUGUAUUCCAGCGGAGUUCCCAUCUCCACCAUGUCAUUUCUUACUGUGCAUUUCUUCUUCUUUACUGCCUUUCCAGAGUCUCAGGGUCACACCUCCAAGUCACCUGUUUAUACUAAGUCACACAUUCACUCACUGUAAAUGAACUGUCCUGCUUUCUUGGGGGACAUGUCACAAAAUGCCACCAACACCCAGGAGACAGAAAUUUGUUCCAGUUUUGAGAGCCUGGGAUGCCCGACAUAAAGCAUCAGCAGGCCUUGGUGUGUGGGGAGGCGCUUUUCCUCAGCAGAUGCCCUCCGGCUGUGUCUCUGGGUGUCUUAUAAAGGUACUGAUCUCAUCAUGGGAGCAUGACCUUGUGACCCAGGGGUCUCCCAAAGGCGCCACCUCUAUCACACUGAGUAUUAGACUUUAACAUAGGAAUUUCAGAAGACACAUUCAGACAGUAUGAGCUUCUGGAGCAGGUGUCCCAACAUCGGCACUGCCAACAUUCUAGGUCCGGUAACUGCGUUGGGGGUGGGGAUGGAGCUGCCCCCUGUGCACUGUAGGACAGUGAGCAGCACCAUGGCCUCUGCCCUUAGAAGCCAAUGACACGCCCCUCCCGUGCCCCUCCCUCGCCAGCCUCCAUGACCAGAAUGCCUCUGCAUACUGCUAAAUGUCACCUUGGGGGCACAAAUGACCUUGGCUGAGAAGCACUGUCAUUUAGUUACAGUUUCUAAACAUACCAUAUUUCUAAAUCUGAAUAUCCUGACAAAUGAUCAGAGACCAUUUCAAUCUUCUCACUAGUUACUAUGUUUUUCCUAUACAAAAAUAAAAACUGACAAUUGUAGCCCACUGUGACUUAUAUUUCUGUAAGUCAGAAGGCAGAGUUCUAUAACAUUUACUAGUAUACAAAAAUGUUUACCAGUAAUGAUGUUUAAACAGUAAAAGAUUCAAAUAUAUACAAGCUAAGAUGGAGUCCGGUUUGACAAAUAUUUGCUUGAGCUAUUAGUGAGCUUUCUGUCACAGUGAUAAAGUACAUACUUGAGCUAAUCAAUGAUUACAUAGUCACCUAGAGGUAAGAACAAGGGAGGGAGGCUCCAAACCAUGCCCUGGAGAAAAGCAGCCCCUGAGGUGUGGAAUAAAAACAAAGUCUGACACAGGAGGAUAAAUGGAAACUCAAUGGACCAAAAUCCAGUGUCAAAGGAGUUUGUAAAAAGCCAGGCCACUCUGAGAUCAUGGUGCCUCAGAAACCACGGAUCUGGUGUACUUUCUGAACAGAACCCAAUUGCACAAGAGAUAACAGCAGGGAUCAACAAGGGGGACUGUAUAGAAUUAAGAGGCUUCACAGCAAAGGAAACAACACAGUGAAGAGGCAAACUACAAAAUGGGGGAAAACUUGCCAGCUACUUCUCAGAAAACUAAUAUCUAAAAUGCUACCCCCUCAAAAUUAGACCCCUAAAAUAAAAGAUCCAGGUCAAAUAACCACCAAGUAAAAUGAAUAUGUGCACCUCUUGUAUAAUGAAUAUACAAGUGGUCAAUAAAUGCAUGAUAUAAUCGUCAGUACCACUGGCCACUGGAUAAAUGCAGAUUAAAACAACUUCAGAAAGCGUGGCUACUAUAAAUAAAUCAAAUAACAAAUGCUAGGGAAGCUGCAGGGAAAAGGGAGCCCUAUUGUUGGUAGAAUUAUAAAUUAAUACAACCAUGUGGGAUUCCUCAGAAAACUAAAACUAGUAAUUGCAUUUGACCCAGGUAUUCCCCUCUAGGUAUUUUACCAAAAGAGUUAAAGACAUCACGGUGAUCCAUUCAUACCCAUAUUUAUAGGAGAACAACUCAUAAGAGCACAGUCUUGGAAGAGGUCUAUAUGUCCCUCUACCAAUGAAUAGAAAAGAAAAUAUAUUUAUACAUAAUGAAGUACUACUCUGCCAUAAAGAAAGAUAAAGGAGCCAUUUGUGGCAAAUGGAGAGAUCUUGGCACCAUAAUGUUAAGUAAAGCAAAUCAGACACACAGGCUUAAAUAUUUGAUGGCUUCUCUCAGAUGAAAAAUGCAAAGUAUAAAUAAUUUUAAAGAGCAAAGUAAAGGAUGGAUAAUGGGACUCAAGGAGACAUCUUUUGCAAGUGGGAAAGAGAGUAGAGUUGGAGGGAAAAGGAAAGAGAAAAAGAAUCACAAUGUGUUAUGUACAUGUACCAACUCCCCAUGAUGAAUGUAAUCACUGUGCACUGCAAAUGUGUACUAAUAAAAAAUUAAUGGAAAAAAGGUUAA